UAGAGCAGCAGCUGCAUCGAAAGCAACAGCUGAUUGGCUCAUUGGCUGACAUUUUGUCAAGUCAAGUGUCAUGUCAAGCUGAGUGGAAUGGUGCAGUAGAAAACAAGAAAAAUUAUAUAAUAGCCUAAUAUUAUAUUUAUGUACUACUUUGACUAUAUUCUGUGUAAAAAAGAGCAGUCAUAAUUAGUAAUGUCAAAAAGUGUUGCUAGUUAUUAAAAUUAUUUAUGAUGGCAUCUUCCGAUUCUGAAACCUUUGUAAACGAUGACCUACUGUCAAAAUCUCCACAAGUGUUUACUCUGCAAGAAAUUGAUAACUUGAAGAACAAAGAUAAGGAAGAAGUUCCUCUGCAACACCCCUGGACGUUUUGGUAUGACAAGACUAUACCUGGUGCUACUGCCUCUGAAUUUGCUGCGUCGCUUAAGAAAAUCUAUACUGUGAGCACUGUCCAAGGAUUCUGGGCAGUCUAUAAUAAUAUUCCCAAAGUUCAUGAAAUAAGGCCUCGAUACAGUUACCAUUUGAUGAGAGAUGAGAGACGACCUUUGUGGGAAGACAAAGCGAAUAGUCAGGGCGGAACUUGGCGUUUCAAAUGCAUGAAAGAAGAUUCGCUAAGAAUUUGGCAAGAGCUGAUUCUAGCAGUUAUUGGUGAACAGUUUGUGGAGUCAAUGGCGGAAGGUGAUUGUGUCUGCGGUCUGAGCAUCACCACACGCGAACGUGAUGACUUGAUUCAAAUUUGGAACAGCCGAUCAGAUUUGGCCGAAAAAUCAUUAGUUCUGGACAAAAUUCGUGUCUUGCUUCCAGGCGUUCGAUUCAUCACAUGCUUCUACAAAGCGAAUCCGGGUCAUCAUGCUUUCUAAGACGGAAACCGAUCUGGACGAUGAAAGGUCUACCAUUUUACAACAAAUUUUAUUAUUUUUCUACAAAAUAUUGUUGAUCGAUGAUAUUCAGAUUAUUAUUAUUAUUUUCUAGGUUACCAUAUAAUAUACACUUCCAUUUUAUUUAGAACGGAUUUUAUAUACAACCAAUUUUGCUCAAUUUUAAAUUAAUAAUUAUUCAAACAUGAAUUCUGUAUUUUUACAGAUGAAAAUCCCAAUCUUGUUUUCAAUAAUUGAUUUGAAUUUCAACAUGUUUUUAGAAUUUGACAAUUUUUUUAAUUCCUCGGUACUACAGCAAUGAUAAUAAUUAUAUCUGUGUGAACCCCAUGGCAAUGUUUACUUGUACGUGAGCUUAGUCCCAUAAUAUACUAUAUUAUAAUUAUGAUGUUGAUGUUAGUAAUAGGGAAUGCAUUUACAUGUUGUGAGUGUGUUAGGGUUGAUUAUUGGAAUAGAUGUUAUCAUGGGUUAAAUUGGGUUUGAUUAAACCUACUUUCUUUGGAUUUGUAUUCAUCUGGAUUGGUGAUAUUCUAAAAAGGGUAAUUCAGCUGUGAUAUAAUACAACCUCCAAUAGAAGAGAGCACUAGAGUCUAAAAGAAGAGAUAAAUGAGCGUUGGAGCAUAAUUCAUUCUCUGUAAAUAUGAUGAUCUAUCUAUUAACUUCGUGAAUGUAUCAUUGUAGCAUAAUCCUGUCUUCAAUAACCUCCUAAGUCAUUCAAAGCUUGACUCUGAACAAAGUCUACCUUUUAACCUGAAAUAUUUGUGAAAUAAACUCUUGUCAAUGAAAAUGACUGAUCAUAACUAGAAUAAUAAGUGCAAAAAUGAUAUUGAUGGAUUUAAUCCAUUCACUCAAUAGAGUUGGCCUAUAUUAUGCAUAUUGAGUGUAGAAAGUUUAUCUAUCCAAGAUGUUCCACUUCUUCCAAAUAAUACACAUUAUAACGAUUCAUAAAUUUACCAUACAAAGAUUAUAGAACAUCACUACUUAUUUUAUCAAUGUGUUUCUUUUAUAUUUCAAGUCUCAAGUCAUUACUAUCCAGAGACUAAUGGAAUUGGUGCUAGAGAUAUGAUUGUUUGUCUGUAACAUGAAACUUAUCAAUGUAAAUUUAUUAAAUUUUUCAAUGUCAA